GGCCGCGCUCAUAUAAGCUACACGAGAUAUUUUACGGGAAAAGGGAAAAGCAACCCAUUGAAUACACUGUGUUAUUUUUAGUAUUUAUUGGUUUAAACAUUUACAAUGGCAAGACAUCAUAGAUUAAAGAAGAGAAAACCUAUCUCAGAUCCGGGAAAGAAGAAAGGUAGAUCUAGUACAAUAAAUGCUAAGAACAAGAAAGCUGGACCCGCAACUCCCAACAAGAAAAAUGUUCCUUCUAAAUUUAAACCUAACUUUCGGAAAAGAGACACAGAUGACCAGGAGUCUAAACAGAAAAAGACCAAGAAAGUGUCGUGGAAGUCAAAAGGCAAAAUGGAGGAAUCUGACGACGGUUCUGAUUUUGAAGAGGUGUCCGAUGCACUAACAAAAUAUAAGCUACAAGAAGAUGAUGACUCAUCAGAUAGCGAAAGAGAGAUACAGGAGACUCGGAAACUGGUCACACAGCAAAACAGGAAAAAGAAGAAAUCUGGAGGCUUUCAAUCGAUGGGUUUCUGUCAUCAAGUCUAUACAGGCAUCAUACGAAAAGGCUAUAAAAUACCGACACCCAUACAGAGGAAGACUAUUCCGCUGAUCCUCGAGGGGAAAGACGUAGUUGCCAUGGCAAGGACAGGAAGUGGAAAGACAGCGGCAUUUCUUCUCCCGAUGUUUGAGAAGCUCAAAAUGCACACUGCUAAAUCUGGAGCUAGAGCCCUUAUAUUGUCCCCUACAAGGGAACUGGCCCUACAGACUCUAAAAUUCACCAAAGAGCUUGGAAAAUUUACGAGUCUGAAGGCAGCUGUCAUUCUGGGAGGUGAUAAAAUGGAUGAUCAGUUUUCCUCUCUACAUGGGAACCCUGACAUAAUCAUUGCCACACCUGGACGUCUGCUACAUGUGCUGGUUGAGAUGAAUUUACGUCUGAUGAACGUGGAAUAUGUUGUGUUUGACGAGGCUGACAGGUUAUUUGAGAUGGGAUUCCAGGAACAGCUCCUUGAGAUUAUCCACCGACUGCCCGAGUCUCGCCAAACCCUACUUUUUUCUGCCACACUGCCCAAACUGCUGGUAGAGUUUGCCAAGGCUGGCCUCCACGACCCUACACUUCUACGACUUGAUGUUGAAAGCAAACUCAGUAACCAGUUAGAGAUGUCGUUUUUUCACUGCCGAGAAGACGACAAACCGGCACUGUUGUUACAUAUUCUAAAGAAUGUGAUCGAGGAUGGGAGACAAAGCGUGAUAUUUGUUGCAACAAAACAUCAUGUAGAAUAUCUCAACUUGCUGCUCGAGAAAGCAGACAUAAGCUCAACCUAUAUCUACAGUUCUCUGGACCAGACGGCUCGGAAAAUCAACAUCGCUAAGUUCCAGCUAAAGAAAGUGAAGGUACUGAUUGUGACAGAUCUUGCAGCACGAGGAAUCGACAUUCCUCUGUUGGACAAUGUCAUCAACUACAACUUCCCAGCCAAGUCUAAACUUUUUGUACAUAGAGUUGGUCGUGUGGCGAGAGCUGGCCGUAGUGGGACGGCCUUCUCCCUUGUGGCUCAGGAUGAAGUACCCUACCUCAUAGAUCUACAUGUUUUCCUCGGAAGGCCACUUAAAGUUGUGACUUCACAGACAGGCAAAGAUGGUGAUGGCCUUUAUGGCAGUGUACCUCAAACGGUCGCAGACGAAAUGAGCGAGAAGAUUCGAAUCUGGACAUCUCAAUCUAUUGACUUGGAGAACCUGAAGCAGGUCAGUUUGAAUGCUCAGAAGAAGUAUGUGACGUCUCGUCAAGCUCCAGCAUCAGAGUCUUUGAAACGUUUCAAAGAAAUGAAUCGUAAUGGUGUAAUUCCUGGAGUUCAUCCUAUAUUUGGUGAUCUGAGUGAAGACUCGGAGAUGGAGCGUAUCAACCUGCUUAACUCACUAAAGUCCUACAAAAGCAAUAGUACAAUUUUCGAAGUUAAUUCUACAGCUAAGACGCAAGCAUUUUCUGUGAUGAAGUCAAAGAGAGGCUGGCAUCAAAACGUUAUAGAGCGCAGGACAGAGAAAAUGUCAGCCUUCCAAGAAAAGUUGUCGCAAAAAUUGUCAGAUGAAAGACUACAUUCUCAGGAGACAGCAGAGGACACAGAGUUAGAGUCAGCAUUCAGCAAAGUAAUUGGAGGGAAAUCUAGUCAGCGAGUCUUCACACCUAAACAGAAAAAACGCAAGUUGAUGGAAAUAAAGGAUGAAGAAAACUAUCUCCAUUACCGACCCGCUGACUUCCAAUCAGAAAGAGGGUACAGUCUGGGCUCCACAUUUGAUAAAGAUACUGCUGCUGUCCAGUUUGAUAUAACUGGGGACGAUGACGAUGCUCUCAAGAAACUUAAAACUUCUGUCCGAUGGGAUAGAAAGAAGAAAAAGUUUGUGAAGGAUGACAACAACGACCCUAAGAAAAAGAAGAUCCGCACAGAAAGUGGGGCAUGGAUCCCUGCCUCCUACAAGUCCAACGCUUAUAAGGAAUGGCAGAACAAGAAUAAGGUUGAUGAUGCUGACAGCGAUCAUAGUGAUGAUAACGAUCAUAAACACUUCAAGGUUCUCCGAGGCAAGGGCAGGAAAUGGCACACGUUGGGUCAGGAGGGUACCCAGGACAAGUCAAAGAAAGGCAAAUUCAAACUCCCCAAACAGGAAAGGAAACGUCCAGAACAGAUUAUGAAGACCAGGAAUGUUAAAGCUCGUAAAGAAUCUCUCCAGAAACAUCGGGAGCAGACGCGACAAAAACGGAAAAACUUUUCUGCUAAAAUGUCUAAAAAGAAAGGCCGAAGAUAGGCAUAGCUGUGGAUAUUGGAAAGUUUAAAAGGGGAACUGUUGAAAUAGUUAAUAAAGAACAUAAUGAAAAUGAU